UGUGGAGCAGGAAGCCUUCAGCUGAAGAAGUGAAAGUAAAAGUCACAACCUGUGAAAAGCUCGGACACGAGUCAACGUUUCUUUGAGCUGAGCUGGUUCCAGAUCCCGAGAGAAGAUGCUCCACCUCGACUCGGACCUGAAGUCUGGAGGAUUCUGCUUUGAAAACAGCCGCAGAAAUGCAGUGUUGGAGUCCAACUUGUCGGAACUCGGCUUCAAAGCUCCCAGUGCCAGAAAAACCGGGACCACCAUCGCUGGGAUUGUGUACAAGGACGGAGUGAUCCUGGGAGCUGACACCAGGGCCACCGACGACAUGGUGGUGGCCGACAAGAACUGCAUGAAGAUACACUACAUCGCUCCAAAGAUCUACUGCUGUGGAGCUGGCGUGGCAGCAGACGCCAUCGUCACCACACAGAUCUCAGCGUCCAACGUGGAGCUGCACAUGCUCAACACCGGGCGCCCCCCCCUCGUCGCCAUGGUGACCCGGCAGAUGAAGCAGAUGCUGUUCAGGUACCAGGGUCACGUGGGCUCGUCUCUGAUAGUGGGAGGAGUGGAUGUGACCGGAGCCCACCUGUACAGCGUGUACCCUCACGGCUCCUAUGACAAGCUGCCGUUCGUCACCAUGGGUUCUGGAGCUGCAGCUGCCGUCGCUGUGUUGGAGGACAGAUUCAAACCGGAGAUGGAGCUGGAGGAGGCGAAGCAGCUGGUACGAGACGCCAUCGCUGCCGGGAUCCUCUGCGACCUCGGCUCCGGCAGCAACGUGGACAUGUGCGUGAUCAGCGAGGCCGGAGUGGAGCACCUGCGAUGCUACGACCAGCUGGCGGUCCGAGGCCAGAGGGAGGGACGGUACAGGUUCGAUCCCGGUACCACUGCCGUCCUGACCCAGACGGUGACCCCUCUGACCCUGGACGUGGUGGACGAGCGUGUCCACGCCAUGGACGCCGAGUGACGCCGAGUGACGCCAUGGACGCCGAGUGACGCCGGCUCCGAUCAGCUGCAAUAAAAGCUUUAGUUUUAGUUAAAUCACUAACAUGAAAAUCAGCUUGUUUGUGUUUCUCCUCACGAAGUUAAACGUUCACUUUGUGUCUAACGAACAGUUUCACAUUAAAAUCUGUUGUUGUAAUGAU